AUGCUUCUUUACGAUUAUCUUCUUCAAGUUACCUCUAUUCUCUUCGAUUUCAUCGAAUUUCAUGAGUUUUUCAUCUUUGGCUUGCCGUUGCUCUUCGCCAAAUCUUCACCAACCAAAAGAAGGGCUGAUUCUUCUUCUUCGACCAAUUUCAUGAGCGUGAUGGAAGUUGAUGCUGAUUCUUCUUCGACCAAGAUGAUGCCUCAGACCGACGGCGGAGAUGGCGAGAGAGAGAGACGACUGAGAGGAGAGGUCAAAGGAUUCUCGUUUCCAUUGACGACGAUGGUGGAGGAAGAAAGCAAUCAUCAAUGA